GCAUUUGACAUUUCUCUGUUAUUUUGUAAACAAACAGACCUAGUGUACAUCAGUUUUCGUGUGAGAAGCAAUUUUACACGAUGAAUAUUCUCCCUAAAAAGAGAUGGCACGUGCGGACCAAGGAUAACAUAGCUCGUGUCCGGCGAGAUGAGGCCAAAGCUGCAGAAGAAGAAAAGGAACGUUUGCGUCGAGUUGCAUUAGCUGACCAGGAAGCGCGUAUAAAUUUGCUUCGAAAAAAGGCUCGCAGCGGUCAAGAGACGACAACAGCAACCGAAACCGAAAUCGAAACCGAUGUCCGAGUUGAACGGCAAGAACACGUCAACUUUUUCACUGAACUCGAGGAAGGGAAACACGACGGUGUGAAACGUUCCAAUGUGGAGCAUGAGAAAGAAAAGAAGGAAGAGCAGGAAAAGUACGAAAAACAAAUCGGCUACCUUACCUACCUUGGCCAGGAUACGAACGAAGCGCUAGGCAAACGGGACUGGUACGAUACAGCACCGGCACGUAGCGAAAGUCUCGAUAAGCACGGUAAACCGAUAGAAGUUGGUUUGAAGACGAAAAACUAUCAUGAUCCUUUGAACGUAAUUCGGAGGUAUCUUCCGAGUACAACUACAUCGCUACCGUCAGCAGCGACUUCCUCCAAGCAUGUGGAAGUUGAUCAAACAGAUACUGCUGAGACAGAUUGCAUCACAAAUCAAUCAAAAACCAAGUAUGAAUCUUUGAUUGGACAAACAAGCAGCAGCAGAGAAUCACGGAAACGAAAAGCAAGUGUGAGUUCUUCGGAGACAAGUCAUUCAAAGCGAAGCAAAAAGAAACAUAAGAAGCAUUCCGAUAAAAAGAGAAAGAAAGAGAAGCGCAAGAAAAAGAAGCAUAAAAAAUCCAGCUCCGAAGAUGAGGACAGUGAAGUGUUAAAGGCUAAGAAGGCCCAACUGGAGCAAAUGCGAAAGCAACGAAUCGCACGAGAACGGGAAGAGAAGGAAAGGACGGAAAAGAUGCUGGCGAAAUUACGCGGCGAUCCGGAACCAGCACCAAAGCGCAAAGAAACGCCCCAACCCGCAGUACCUCGUCAGAAAUACAAUUCACAAUUCAAUCCAGAACUUGCUAAACAAAAUUACGAAUAAAUCUGGACACCAAACAAAACCGUA